UCAUGGGUUGGGCAGGGAAAAAAAGCUAUAUGGAAACACGUGACAGGGCUUGUAGGAGCGACGCUUCAUAAGUGUGAAGACUGAAGAGGUGGAGAGACGCUGGAGCAGGCAGCAGAAGCAGCGACAGCAGCAACAGCAGCAGCAGCCACAGCCUUUAUCCAUAAACGCAGGAGCGCACACCCAGAGCCAUCUCCACAGACAUGUGAAAAACUUAUGUUACAUAUAGAAUUAGAAAAGGAAACCGAUAACUAUGAGUGUAAUUGUGUUUUCUUUCUAACACAUGCACGGCGGUUGUCUCUCCUUUUAUGUAAGAUCUUUGCUGUUUGGAUGAUGCGCCUCUGACUUGGAUUAACGCGCGGCGAUAAAGGGCGAUUCUGCGCACAUGGAAAAAAUUAUGUUGUCCAGGCUUCUUAGACUGCCGUAUUACAAUCAGACACAGCCAUGAAAUCUGUGCUUGACGGUGUGGCAGACACCACCUUCCGGACUAUUACAUCUGGUUUACAGUAUCUGGGCUCCAACGACGCUAACUAUGAUGACCCCCUCAGUGAUGUAGACUUCAAGGCGGGUUUCUCUCUGCAGAAGCCCUUAUCUGCUUUCCGCAGCAACUCCUUCCCUAACAAGGUACCUGCAGAUGAGGAGCUCAUCCUCAAAGGCAUCCCCUUCUACCCCACCAAUGCCACAGACUUGUUUGGCAACAGGAGCACAUUCAGAGAUGAGACUAACAAUAUACAGUGUGGGGAGAACUUCAUGGACAUGGAGUGUUUCAUGAUCCUGACCCCCAGCCAGCAGCUGGCGGUGGCUGUGCUGUCUCUAACACUGGGUACCUUCACGGUACUGGAGAACCUGGUGGUGCUCUGUGUGAUCUUGCAGUCCCGCACCCUCCGCUGUCGGCCAUCCUACCACUUUAUCGGCAGUCUGGCUGUGGCUGACUUGCUGGGAAGUGUUAUAUUUGUCUACAGCUUUCUGGACUUUCAUGUUUUCCACAAGAAGGACAGCCCCAAUGUUUUUCUCUUCAAGCUGGGUGGAGUCACAGCAUCGUUCACUGCGUCCGUGGGGAGCCUUUUCCUCACCGCUAUUGACCGCUACAUCUCCAUACACCGACCUCUUGCCUACAGGCGCAUCGUGACACGGACCAAGGCUGUCAUUGCCUUCUGUAUGAUGUGGACCAUCUCUAUUGUCAUCGCAGUGCUACCUCUGCUGGGCUGGAACUGUAAACGCCUCAACUCUGUUUGCUCAGACAUAUUCCCCCUGAUUGAUGAGAACUACCUGAUGUUCUGGAUCGGUGUGACCAGUGUGCUGGUUCUUUUCAUUAUCUACGCCUACAUAUACAUCCUGUGGAAAGCGCAUCACCAUGCUGUGCGAAUGCUGAGCCGCACCUCCCAGAAGAGCCUUGUUGUUUAUACAGCAGAGGGGACUAAAGUGCAGACCACACGCCCUGAGCAGGCACGCAUGGACAUCCGUCUGGCCAAGACCCUGGUGCUCAUCCUGGUGGUGCUGGUCAUCUGCUGGGGCCCACUGCUGGCCAUCAUGGUCUAUGACCUCUUCUGGAGGAUGGACGAUGACAUCAAGACAGUAUUUGCGUUCUGCAGCAUGCUCUGCCUGCUCAACUCCACUGUCAACCCAAUCAUCUACGCCUUGAGGAGCAAGGACCUGCGGCACGCCUUCCUCAGCUCCUGCCAUGCCUGCAGGGGUAGUGCGCAGCAGUUGGACAAUAGCCUUGAGUCAGACUGCCAGAACAGAAAUACCAACAUUUCUGCCAACAGGGCUGCAGAGAGCUGUGUGAAGACCACUGUGAAAAUAGCCAAAGUAACCAUGUCUGUGUCGACUGAAACUUCUGCAGAGGCCGUCUAAUCAGCAUGGACACAGGCGGAAACUGUGUAAAUGUCAUCUUUCCCAAACAAUGCCAUUCAACACAAUAAAAAAGAAGAAGAUAGACAUACCACAGAACAAAAAGUAUUGACUUACAUCCUCACAUUGAUGCUUUUGUGGUCGUAUUAUUUUAUGUUAGUGUGUGAGUACAUAGUGUGCCAAAGUGCCAAAUGGUAUUGCCGGUUUAUAGGAAGGACUCAUUAUCUGGAAGUAUUAUCAAAGACUAUCAUAAGUCUGCUGUUCACCAUAGACUUCAUGAUAUCCAGUUAGUGAAGGCAUAUUAUAUUUUUGUACUGUGAAUUCAGGUUUUGAAAACAAUAUAUCUUCAUUUAUGGGAUAAGGGGCUAUUGACGUUUUUGAUUCAAGAUGUUUUACUGUGUCAUUUAGAAUUUAACACCUCACCAUAAAUAUAAGAAAAUAUUGCGCCCUGACUUUCUGCAGGCUUCAUGUACAUUCUACACACAAACAUUUCUAUGAGGAAAUGAUAAAAAAAAAAAGCUCAAAUGACUCUGAUUGUUUAUUUACAAAAUUGCCAUUAAAUAUGUAAUUUUUGUACUU